UUAAGCACUUCCAUUUCCAUCUCCCACCUGAUCGCAGCCCUAUAAAUCCCAACAGCUGAUCAACAGACUUCAGAAAUCCAAGAGCCUGAAACGGUGAAGCUAUUCAAGAGGAAACUAUCUGCUCCUUCACCACGGCAUUAAUAAAUAAACUCUCCUGUUCUUAACUAAAUCAAAACAUCAAUAAGGAGCUAAAAUUUUAAGUUAAAGAAUAAAAAACAGUAUUUCCAAUUUUGAAGCUGCAGUCAACUAUUUCUUUUCAUCAGUUUCGUUUUGCAGUUAUAGUCUGGCGGCAGCAGCACGAGGACGCCAGAGCGGAUCUUUCACUGCGGGAAGCUGUCCGAGGGCUGUAUUACAUGCGCGUGCCACAAAAAGGGAGCUAUCCAGUGCUGAAGUUGCAUUUCUGUACAGCAAGACGCGGCGUUGCGGGGCACCAGCAGCGGCUAGUCCAGACGAGCGAAGGCUUACGUUUUCCUGGGCUGGUAACUGAAUCGCAGCACAACGAGGCCAUUCCGACGUAAAAUUGUCUGCACCUGUGUUGCAUGAAGAGACGAAGACUUCGUACCACACGAGUGUUCCGUGCAGCAUCAAAACAUGCCAAGGUCUUUCCUGGUUAAAAAGGUUAAGCUUGAUGAUUUUUCAUCCACUGAUCUCGAAAGCUCGUAUGGCAGAUCCAGGACCGAUCUCAGUCUGCGGUUUCAUGACAAGGGGUACAUUAGUGACUACAUCAGCCCGUCUGUGUAUGACGGUGAAAGCGACAAUGCCAUCAAAGUGCCCUCGCCCGAACCCAUCUACCACGGCAUACACAGUGAUUAUGGAGCCCCGGAUUCAGACCAGCCAGACAGCCCACAGUCGGAGAUAUCAUCUGGUUACAUCAACGGGGACAACGCCGUGAGUGAAGGUUACACGGUGGAUGCUUUCUUUAUCACAGAUGGGAGGUCGCGGAGGAAAGUCAUCAACAGCCCCAGGAACGUACAGCGCCACACUUGCAACGAGUGCGGGAAAACCUACGCUACGUCUUCCAACCUGAGCCGACACAAGCAGACCCACCGGAGCAUGGAUAGUAAGAUGGCCAAGAAGUGCCCAACUUGUGGAAAGGUGUAUGUCUCUAUGCCGGCCAUGGCCAUGCAUUUGCUGACCCACGACCUAAAGCACAAGUGUGACAUAUGCGGUAAAGCUUUCAGCAGACCCUGGCUCCUCCAGGGCCAUAUGAGGUCACACACUGGCGAGAAGCCUUUUGGAUGUGCACACUGCGGAAAAGCGUUCGCCGACCGCUCCAAUCUGCGUGCGCACAUGCAGACUCACUCCGCUUUCAAGCACUACAAAUGCAAAAGAUGCAACAAGACCUUUGCUCUGAAGUCCUACCUGAACAAGCACUACGAGUCCGCGUGUUUUAAAGGCGCGUUCUCGCCUUUGAGGCCACUGGAAGCGUGACUUCCUUGUUCAAGAACACAAAAUGAACUUCCAGCUUUCUUCCCCUUUUCCUUGAAACCUGAUGAUAGCACAUUUUUCGCAAUUUUCUUCCGCAAUGAACCUAGGAAAAAUAUGGAUUCUUCGCAUGUACCUUAACAUACCUUUUGUUCUCUAUUUCCCCGCGUAGACUAUGCCCCUAUAUUCAUACAUAUAAAGCCGAAAUGUGUAUUUUGCCAAAACUCAGUGAAGACAUUGAAAAUGUCUGUUUCUCACAAAGGUCAAACCUUUUCAAAUUACUGGAUAAUAUUGUACUUCUGGCAGUGACCAUAAAGGUGUUCAGCAUUGAGGUAAACGUAUUUAUUUAUUCAUUUAUUUAUUUGUGUAUUUAUUAUCUGUGUUUAACCUUAAUCCGUGUAAAGUCUUUAUUUGCACUUUAUAAUUUAAUAUUGUUUGCAAAGCCUUCGUCAUCAAUAUGCCAAAGCAUUUGCCACUUUCUGAACAUUGUCCAUUUAUUUUUGUUUACUACAUUUUCAAAGUAAUUGCAUGCAAAAAAUGAAAUCUAUGCCAAUAUUACGAAGCUUUGGAUUUUGCCAAAAUCUAGUUAGCGUUCGUGGGCAAUAUUUCUUGGGAUCUCAUAAGGAACUAUAGAGCAAUAAUGACUUAAUGCAUGGUAUUUUUUAAAAGUAAAGAAAUAGUACUUAUAACAGUUUUAAAAAUCAGGUAUGGUUUUAUCCAGUAUUCUUAGUAGUCAUAAAGAAAUCCAAUAUCAGGGAGAUGCCAAUGUAGUAUUAGAGGAUUAAAUUGACUUGGGGUGGGGGGAGGGGUCCUUUUGUAUAUGGUUAUGCACUGCCUGCCUCUAAUUUAACGUAGUUUUAGAACGUAGGCUUGUGGUGCUGAGUGAUCAGCUCCGAGCGAUUCAGAACAUUUCUCCAAAUCUGCGGAACGGCCACUGAAGCCAAAAUAACGGCACAGGCCAUCUACCAUUUCACGGGAGGACAAAUGAGGGGUCAUUUCCAUGCAAACCAGACUAUUUGCACUGUAUUCAGACUGAACUUGACCGAGAGUAAAUGAUGCCUUGUUUUAGCCAAGUGGAAGUCCGUCAGAUUUGUCUUUAAAGCACUUCAUAUACGUUUCCAACUUUAAAAAGUAGCACAAAACCUAUAGAUUCAGGUAGAAGGACCUUGUAUUAGCUUGACCUCUGUUUUUGUACAAUGAAUAAAAGGAACCAACUGUUUAUUGCAAGAUGCCUUGUAAAUAUCCUUUGGAAUUUAAAAUUUUUACAACUGUAAAGAAUCAAAUUACCUUAUUUCUGGAGUUUUUUUUCUUGAGAAACUUUUGACCAGUACAGUUUGAAUGAUGUAAGCACAAUGACACCUGGCAUUUUGUCUCACUUCAUAAUAAAGAACAAAUAAAUAAAA